ACGGUGAGUGACUCAGCGUGCAAUGGUACUUUUACUUGCUAUCACGUGACAGACAACCCUCCAAUCAAAUGGCAAGAAUCUGCUUGGGUGUGAUAUCAAAUUAAUUAAUACAUGUAUACCAACAAAGCUGGAAGUGAAAUAACUACAUUGACUACAUUGAGACAAACCAGGUCAAUAUAUCCACAUAAAUAUACAUGAACAUGAUUUUCAGAAUCCUAGUAAAUUUGCACAUCUCUUGAAGUUUCAUGGUCUUCUACAACAAAGUGCUUUUAAGACAAGAUUGUGUAUGGAAGGUGCCCCCCCCCUUCAAAGCCAGGCCUUAUCGCGCUUCUGUAACACUAGUAUUUUUGUUAUUUAGUUUUGCUUGCAUUACCCAUCUUGGCAUAGUGUGAACAACUACAUUUGCGUUUGUGUGGUCGCCCAAAAGUUUCUAACCAGUAAUAAUACAGAAAAUCAGUAUCAGUAAUCGAGUCAAGUUGAAUUCAGUUUGUUCGGUGGAGGGACAUAAUGCUAACAGCGCACUCAGGUCACAUGACUGGGCGUUGGCUGCAAGAAUGCAGCAGCGCGGUAAUAUUUGCCAUUGUAGUUUUGAACACCCAGCAGGGUGGAUACGUGUAGGUGCGCAUUACAAUUCUUCUUCUUAUUAUUAUUUAGUUUAUUGAACCAUAACCUAGUUUAUUAGCUAAGGAGGCGCUAGAAGAACCAGUUCAGGCCGUUAUAGGCCAAGGGUUACACGACUUUGGGCCUAUGUGGACAGUGAAGCCUUCUUGAGACUUUAAGAUAGACGGAAUUGGAAUCUUUCAACAGAUCAUACAGAAAGAUAACUUCAAACUACAGAAUAUCAUAGACCAGCAUGGGAAUCCGUCAAGGACCAGAGUGUAUGUAUUCACAACACAGCCGGUGAGUUCUACACAAUUUAUCUUAGAAUCUUUCAAACUUACUGAUGUACAAAUUUUGGUGUGCUUAAUUUUCAACCCUAUGUGACAAGUACAUGUAGUCAACCCCUCGUAUUGUCAAUACUUUUAUAAUUUACUCAGCUCACACUUUUAUUUGAGUUUCUUAAAAAAAAAAAGUUUUGAGUGGAGUUUAUUAAGGAGAAAAAAAUAUAUUGUUGAAUAUCUAAUAACAGUAUUAAUAAUAAAGUAAAAAUAAAAACGUCGCCGGCUUUUAGUAUGUUUGAUUUCUUUGUCAGUCCACUAUAAGCUUGCUACCUGUAUAAAAGUCUAACAAGACAGCACAACCAAUCAGUUGUAUCAACUGUGUUUCCCGUUUCAAGAUUCAAGAUUCAAGACAUCAUGGAGUAUCCCUGCGUGUUCUGCACCUAGUCUGUGCGAAGAAACCAGAAGGCACUUUGCUGCGACUGCAGCAACAGAUGGCAGCAUCUGGCCUGUGAGAUUGGGUUUUGUGCCGAGGACUACGAACGUUUCCUGGACGACUCUUAGGAGCUUCGAUCGUGGCAUCGAGCUGCUAGAAGAAUUUGGAGAUGGAUGUGCGGUGACGACCCCUAUAUCAGUCUUCUUGGCUAGGAGUCAGAGCUAAGAAGUAAACUCAGAGCGAAAGAUGAGAUAAUAAAGCAACUCAGACGGCGGCCAGCUACAAAUUGGAACUGUGCUGAGCUUGAGCAAUUUUUUAUAUUAUGUAUAAGAUUUUCCCCACAUGACAGUAUUAGUGUCAACUACAAGAUAUCAGGUCAGUUUGUUUACCCCGAGGAGCUUGACAGUGACAUCACCCUAGAAGAUGAUGAUAUGUGGGAGCCAGUUAUAUCUUGUUGAAAAGGGUCAGGAAUUAUUUUUGUUCUUGUAAAUAUAAUGAGAUUGAGAGGAGCAGUUUGGAUAAAAUGUUCACAUAUCAGUAUGUUUUUUAAAAGUGUACUUUAAAUUGUGUUCUUGUUAAUGAGGAGUUGAGCUGCUUUGAUGUCGCUGUACGUUCUUUUAGGAUUCGAUUAAGGACAAUAUGUGACUUUCUUGAUUCCAAUUAUUGUGCUGUAUUUUAUCUUAUUUAUUAUGUAUGCUGUAUUUAUUUAACUCUAACUUCUCUGAAAUUAUAAAAAAGAAACAUCUUCCCUGUUCAAAUUGUGCUAAUUCAGUCUUCCAUUUAUUUUUUUUUUUUACUUGUAGAAAAAGCUGUGAUGGACUUGAUGUUGUAUCUCAAGGCGAGGAAGUCCAUGGUCAAGGCCACUCGGAUGAGGAAGAAACUUCAGAGAGUGAGGACACACACUACGUAAAAUUCUCACAUUCAGGACUCCAUCGUCUUACCAUGGAUCCAGCAGGAUCGGAGACCACAGCCCUCUAUGUCAUCACAGAAACAAGGUUGCGCGAUUUGGUACUGGAGGCACGAUCAUUAUGUUCAAGAUGCAGUCGGCCAUUAGAAGUUGGUGUUGUUGCCUCAGGGUUAUCUGCUCACAUAACUUGGGUGAGUAAUUUCUCGUAAUGAGUACUUGAAAGACUACACAAAAAAGCGACAGAAAGACUCCAAAGCAAUGAGGCUGAUCAAAGUGAACUGGUUCAGAUAAAAGCUGAACUGCAAAACCUAAGGACUGAGAAUGAACUCCUUAAACAGAAAAUGAAGGACGCCGGUAAAAAAUACAACUGGAAGGAAACUACUGUGCAAGAGCUGUACCGCUUCAUUGCAGUUAUCAUUUUCAUGGGCUUGGUGACGGUUUCCCACAUUCAUGACAUUGCAAGAAUACUGGUCGGAAGAGGGAUUUUUUGGGCAGCCUUUUGCCAAAACGCAUCAUGUCCCGGUACAGGUUUAUGCCAAUACUUUGGAACCUCCGUCUAAGCGAUCCCGAUGAAGAUGAAGCCAACCAGCGACUAAAGACCAUCAAUAGCCCCAACUGUGACCGGCUUUUCAAAACUAAACCACUCUACAACGAACAUUGUCUAGCAUGCAAAGCUUUUUAUGCCCCUAACAUCAACAUUUCCAUUGAUGAGCCUAUAGUUGCUUCCAAAGCCCGCAUCGGCAUCAAACAGUAUAUAAAGGACAAACCCACAAAAUGGGGAUACAAACUCUUUGUCAUUUGUGAUUCCAAAACUGGUUACACGUGUGACUUUUUUAUACAUGCUGGCAAGAGUGAGCGUGUCACAGAUAAUGGGCUCACCCUAGCAUGUGGGACAGUGCGGGAAAACUGCAGGGGCUUCCCAAAGACCAAGGAGAAUGGUAUCCCGAGAAAUGCAACACGUGGUACCAUUCAAUGGAUAAGGGACAGGGAGCUACUCUUUGUGAAGUGGAAGGACACGAGGGAGGUUACCAUGCUGUCCAUGAUUCACUCUGCAUGUGGCAAUGACACUGUCCAAAGAAAGGCCAAAAAUCAAGCCACUGGGUCAUUUGAGAGAGUCAAUGUUCCAAUACAUUGUAGCUCCAGGUGUAAAAGAUUAUAACCAACCGAUGGGCGGUGUCAAUUUAUCGGACCAACUUGUCCAACUGUUUUCUAAAUUUGGUAAAUCACUUUUAAGUUCUAACAACUAUAGACAUUUGCUCGCACCCAACAGAAACAAUAAUCUUAGAAAUACUAACAAACUUUGCCCAAUCAGGUGUAGAACGAACCGGUACAAAAACAGCCCAGUUCCUUCCCUAACCACCCUUCUCAACAGUCGAAUUUUUAACUUCUUGUUUUUUGUGGAGCUGGAAUCCAAGUUGUAGUUUUUUGUCAAUAAUUAUUGUACAUAAUCUUUUAAAACAAUUUUGCUGUAAACACUUCCUAUUUUAAUGUUUUUAU